AUGGGCAAACGAGGUGGCAGAAAGUUUAACCGUGGAGGCCGUGGAGGAGGCGGCGGCGGCGGCGGCGGCGGCGGCCGUUCGCGCAAUAACUGGCAGGACAUCAGCCGGAACAAUGCGAAGAUGGAACGCUACUACACCGAAUCGGGCAUCAUCCCAGAGGAGGAGCUGGAGACUUUCUGGGACUAUAUGCGCCGGGAUCUCCCCAACAGCUUCCGCUUCACGGGCUCGCGAGGACAUGCGCUUGCUGUUCAGGAGCGUCUCAAGGACUUUUACAUCCCCGAAAUCACCUCCAUCAAGUAUGAGGACGAAUUCGUGGAACCGCCUCGGCCGGUCUCGUGGUACCCCGAUCAGCUUGCCUGGUCGAUGUCCACCCCGAAACAAGUUAUUCGCCGUUUCGCUCCCUUCGCCAAUUUCCAGAAGUUCCUCGUUGCCGAGACCGAUGUCGGAAACAUCAGUCGCCAGGAGGUUGUCAGCAUGAUUCCUCCUCUUGUUAUCGAUGCUCGCCCCGGAAUGACCGUUCUGGACAUGUGUGCUGCACCUGGAAGCAAGUCCGCUCAGCUGAUGGAGCUGAUCCAUGCUGGAGAGGAGGACUCCAUGGUGGACGCUGCUAAGCAGGUCAAGGAAGGCACUGCCGGACCGGAGCCCUUGGGCCCGGAGGGUCUGAACGACGAUGGCCGCACUACUGGCCUCUUGAUUGCCAACGACAGCGACUACAAGCGUGCUCACAUGUUGAUUCACCAGAUGAAGCGCCUCGCGUCGCCCAAUCUGAUUGUUACCAACCACGAUGCUACCAUGUACCCCUCUAUCAAGCUUCCUUCUCUUGAUGGAAAGAAGAACCGGUACUUGAAGUUUGACCGCAUCCUUGCCGAUGUUCCUUGCUCUGGCGAUGGUACUGCUCGGAAGAACUAUGGUGUCUGGAGAGAGUGGAACCCUGCCAAUGCUAUUGGACUCCACGUUACCCAGGCCCGGAUCUUGGUCCGCGCGCUCCAAAUGCUGAAGGUCGGUGGACGUGUUGUCUACUCCACUUGCAGUCUCAACCCUGUUGAGAACGAGGCCGUUGUUGCCAGUGCCAUUGCGCGCUGUGGUGGCUCUGCCAAUGUUAAGAUCCUCGACUGCAGCAAAGAGUUGCCCGGCCUCAAGCGGGCAGCCGGAGCUCGCAGCUGGAAGGUGAUGGACCGCGAAGGUCGUAUCUGGGACAGCUGGAAGGAUGUUCAGGAACAGAUCGAGAAGGAGGGGAUCAAUGGUCUGGCCAGACUGUCCGAGGGCAUGUUCCCGCCGACUGGAGAAAAUGCGGACCUCCCGCUCGAACACUGCAUGCGUGUUUACCCCCACAUGCAGGACACUGGCGGUUUCUUCAUCACUGUUAUUGAGAAGCUUUCUGAGAUCCGCGCCAAGCCGGAGGACACUACUAACACUGUCCCUAAGGCGUCGGUUGCGGCUCUUGCUUCAGAGCUGGAUGCUCGCAAGAACAGCAAUGGAGAGCCUUAUCAGAAGCUGGAGGCAUUGGAUGAUCUGGUCGUCCCCGACAAGGAGGCUGAUGCUGAGGUUGCGAAGAACGCUUCCGUCGCUGAAGCCGUUCACCAGCUUCCUUACUCUGCUACUCUUGAUUCCACCGACGCUGUCACUCAUGUGAAGCGUGACGCUGACGACUUGGAGGAAGAGCUUCCCGCUAAGAAGGUUAAGCUCGGCGAUGGCACUGAGGCUCUGAUUGGCGACCGUCCAGUCCACCGACCUGCGCCCUCAAUGGAAAUGGAGCAGGUUGACACCCCCAGCGACAGCACUCCUGCCACUACUGCGACUCCUUCGCAGCCCGGCCCGGUUCCAUCUGAGCUGCCUAAGAAGAAGAAGGUUGUUCAGGAGGAGCCCUUCAAGUACCUUGAUGGCAACCACCCAGAGCUCGAGCCUAUUUACAAGUUCUACGAGGUGUCCGAGCGCUUCCCUCGUGACCGUUUCAUGGUGCGCAAUGCCGAAGGCACCCCGACAAGAACCGUCUACUACACCAGUGCUCUGGCUCGCGACAUCCUUACCAUGAACGAGCGUCAGGGCUUGAAGUUCGUUCACUGUGGUGUGAAGAUGUUUGUGAAGCAGGAUGCCCAGCGGGAGAAUGUCUGCCGCUGGCGCAUUCAGACCGAUGGCCUGAAGAUCAUCUCGCCCUUCCUGGGCCCUGCCCGGGCUGUAACUCUCACCGAGCGAGAGACUCUGCACACACUCCUCGUGGAGAUGUUCCCUAGAAUAGAUGGCGAUGGUUGGAAGAAGCUGGGCGAGAUCGGCGAGCGCGUCAAGGAUAUCCCCAUGGGCUGCAGCAUCUUGCACAUUGAACCCAACGGAAAGGAAGGUGGCCUCACCGAGCGUAUGGUUCUGCCUCUCUGGCGCUCUCUUCACUCCCUGAACCUGAUGCUUCCCAAGGAAGAGCGCCGUGCCAUGUUGCUGCGCAUCUUCAACGACAGCAGCCCGCUCAUUAACAAGACAGACAAGCAGCGUCCUGCUGGUGGCCUGACACCUGCAGUCGAGUCCACCGCCGAUGCCGAGGAUGUUGCGCUGAUGCACGAGAACGCCCAAGUUGGCCAGGAUGAGCAGCUGCAGAUGGACACACGCGAGACGUACACGAAAGACGGCGAUGAGGAGGACCGUUUCAACACGACGGUCUAG